AAACUUAGACUGUUCCGAGCUCGGAACAGGCUAGCACCAUCUCCUGCCCCGAGAACCCACCCCGGACCUCCUGAGUUGCCCUCUUGUCGAGCUCCUUCUCCCCCUUCUGAGUCUCCCUCUCGCCCCCGCGGAAGAAAUGGCGGCGAGAGCCAGAGGAGGAGGGGGAGGUAGGGUUGUUGAAAUGCUGGCGAGGAGGAGCCAGGAGGCGAGCCCCGAGAGGAUGAUGGUCUGGACGGAGCAAAGGGCGCCGAGGCAGGAGCGCAGGGUUCUGGUGCUUUACUACCUCUGCAAGAACGGUCAGCUCGAGCAUCUGCAUUUCAUGGAGGUUCCUCUGUAUUCUGUCGAGGGGCUGUGCCUCAGAGAUGUGACGAGCCAUCUAAACUUCCUCAGGGGAAAACGAAUCACUUCUAUGUACUCCAAGCGCCGCAAUUCCUGCCUACUUCAUCAUUGCUGACAAGACAAUCCUAUAGUGUGCAUGGAGAAAUACUCAGUGGUGGAGCUCAUUUAGGUGGAUAUAGCUUCAAUAAUGCUGCUUACCAACAGCAUCCAAUGACCAUGAUGAACAUCAAUAGGUCGAACCAGAACCAGAACCAGAUGCUGAAUGAGAGAUACAUGCAGAUGAUGUACAACAGGUCUUCUCUCACCCCACUUGCUACCACUUCCUACUACAACUAUCAGCCACAAUCACAGACAGCAGAGUAUGCUACCUAUUUGUUCAGUGAUGAUAACACCAGCAGUUGUGCCAUCAUGUGAAGGGGAAUGAAAAAAAAAGAAAAACAAAGAAAUAAACAUGAUGUCUUUGUCUACCGUGUUUAGAAUGUAGGAGAUAAGGCCUUAUUAAGUGUUUCCCCUUUUUUUUUUUUAUUUCAGUCCUUUGUUGAAUGAUCUACGGUGUUCUCGUUGGUUGCACAACAUCUUGUUCGGCAUAAGAGGAUAUGGUUCUGGCCGAAUGUGUUGGAACGAUAUAGUUGGAUGUUGCUGUAACAAUGAUGUGUUGCUGUAACAAUGAUGUAUCAUGGACUAAGCUCUGUAAUAAACUUCUUGCUGCUGGUUUUGUUUAUGAAAAUGGGAUUUGCUUA